UGCGGUACCGGGCUCAGCCACGGGGCGGAGGGAGGCGCUACAGCGCGAUGGCCGCUCGCGUUGCUCAGGGGGCGCGCACUGUCCGCCGGGUGUCACAGGCGAUGCUGGUGGGGUCACGGGGCAUGUCGGCGGCGGCGGCAGCCCCCUACAGCUUCGAGAGCCUGCGCGCCACGCGGGUAGGGGACAGCGUGCUGCACGUGGAACUGAACCGGCCCGAGAAGAGGAACGCCAUGAACAAGAUCCUCUGGAGAGAGAUGGUGGAAUGCUUCGACAGAGUAGCCCAGGACAGCGACUUCCGAGUGGUGGUGAUCUCAGGAGCUGGAAAGAUGUUUACUGCAGGAAUUGAUCUGAUGGACAUGGCAGGAGACAUGUUGCAGUCGGAAGAAACGGAUGUAGCCCGUAAAGCGUGGAAGCUCCGGAACACCAUCCUCCGGUUUCAGGAAAGCUUCAGCGCGAUAGAGAAGUGCCCCAAGCCAGUCAUUGCCGCCAUACACAGUGCCUGCAUCGGGGGAGGUAUAGAUCUGAUCACAGCCUGUGACAUCCGGCUUUGUUCACAAGAUGCCUGGUUCCAAGUGAAGGAGGUGGAUAUCGGAAUGGCAGCCGACGUGGGAACUUUGCAGCGACUCCCUAAAGUGAUCGGAAACGCCAGCCUGGUAAAUGAGCUUGUUUACACCGCGAGGAAAAUGAUGGCAGAUGAAGCCAUGAGCUGCGGUCUGGUGAGCCGAGUCUUCCAAGGCAAAGAAGCCCUGCUGGAGGGUGCCUUCCAUCUGGCGUCUGAGAUUGCCAGCAAGAGCCCUCUGGCGGUGCAGGGAUCCAAGCUGAACAUGAUCUACUCCAGGGACCACUCUGUCAAGGAAGGCCUGGAUUACAUUGCCACGUGGAACAUGUCUAUGCUGCAAACUGAGGACAUUGUGAAGUCAGCUCAGGCUGUAAUGGAGAAAAAGACCCCGAAAGAUAUCACCUACUCCAAACUCUAAUGGAACCAAAUCUCGGACCAUUUCCAGCUGGAGUAACUCAGCGGAUCAUGCAGAAACCUCUCCCAUUGAUAUCCUAUGCUACAAUCUUGCUACACCGAUGAAUUUUAUUUUAGAAACAAAAUAAUUGUUUGUAAAAAAAAUCUAUUGUAAUUAAAUGUUAUAUAGGAUCACUCUUA